AUGAAAUUGAGAGAGGCAGCACAGAGAGAUGAAAGAGUGCAAAUUGUGCAAACGACGGCGAAAAGACUCGUAAAGUGCGAAAAGUCUGGAAGGGUCAUCGGGGUUGUGUGCUCGACAAGAAGGUCAAAGGAGCAAAAAUACUUUGCGGAUCUCACAAUCGUGGCCGAUAGACAGGCGUCCAAUCUUCGUUCCCAAUACACGAAACACACACCUGUUACGAAAUCCAGAUUCUGGGGUCUCGAGCUCAUCGACGCGGAGCUUCCAAAUCAGCAUCUGGCCUACGGAGUCAUCGGCAGCGGCCCACCUGUUCUGAUAUACCAGAUCGGCUUGCGCGAAACACGGAUUCUGAUUGACAUCCCAAACACUGUUCAUCAGGCUGCGUCCAAUUCUGGAAGUAUCGCAGAUUAUGUGCAGACCAAAGUUGUCCCAGAUUUGCCCACCUCUGUGCGACCGUCUGUUACAGCGGCAUUGAAGAAGGGGAUGUUGCGCUCGAUGCCCAACUCCUGGCUGCCGUCAAGCACGAAUACAACGCCCGGAAUAGAGUUUUUGGGUGAUGCAUUCAAUAUGCGACAUCCAUUGACUGGUGGGGGUAUGACUGUGGCUUUAAAUGAUGUUGUGUUACUCAAUCAGCUGCUAGCCCCAGAGAUCAUUUCCUCUUUUGGUGAUACACGAUCGGUCCUAAAGCAAAUGAGGAGAUUCCACUGGCAGAGAAAGGAAUACAGCACGUCUUUGAAUAUCUUGGCUCAAGCUCUUUACUCUCUCUUCAUUGCUGAUGAUCUGCAACUUCAAGUCCUUCAACGUGGCUUUAAUCGAUAUAUACAGCGCGGCGGAAACUGCGUUGAAGAGCCAGCCGGGAUCAUGGGUGGCGUUAUCCACAGCCCUUGGUUGCUAUUCUAUCAUUUCUUUGCUGUUGCUUUAUACAGUCUCUCGACCUUGAUGCGUGAAGGCUAUGCCUCGUCGCUGUGGCAUAUGACUGGCGCUAUUUUUCAAUGCUUACAUCGCGGAACGGUCGAUAUCAUAUGGAGUUGUUUCUUGGUACUUUUUGUCUCUGUCUGGGCGGUAUUACAUCACAAUGUACCUAUCAGAUCGGAUCAUUACUGGAGUACCCUGGGUCGAAAAGUGCGCUGGGCAACCCUCGCCAUCUGUGCUCCAGAACUUCUUACCCUAUUCGCAGUCAUGCAAUGGAACGCCGCCAAUAUUUCUGUCACGGAGAUGCAAGAUUUAGGAGAGAAGGACUGGUCUGUUGUACACGCUUUCUAUGCCAAUGCACGCGGAUUCAUGCUUGAUGCCCCAGACUAUCCCACGUUCCCUAUCAAUGCAAAGUCAAUACACUACCUCCGAUCCACAGGCUGGAUAAAGCCACUCAAUAUCACAAGAGACAGCAUAUGGGACCGGAGUAAAGCUGACGUCUUUGCAAAAGGAUUCGCGCUCAUUCAAACCACAUGGCUAUGUAUUCAAUGCAUUUGCCGCGUCAUCCAACGGCUCUCCAUCACCCCUCUCGAGCUCUUCACUGUCGCUUUUGUGCUGUCUACUCUCGCAACUAGUUUCUUCUGGGUCAACAAGCCCCAAAAUGUCACAGAGCCAAAUGUCAUCACAACAGAGUGGCUCAUCGCUGACGUUCUCAAGGCCGCCGGUGAUGCCGCGAAGGAACCCUACAUUGAUACACCGAUGGACUUCGUCGAGAAACCGGUCUGGCAAGGAUGGAAGCGCCGUCCUUCGCUCCUUCAUUUUAGCGGGCUUACCAGUCGUCCUCUCAAGCGCAUACCAAACGAUUACUCCCCUCCUCCUCCCACAGGGAAAGAAGCUCUGUUCGUGUGGGUUAUAUCUGUGGUUCACGCCGGCAUACAUGUCAUCAGUUGGAGACUCUCAUUCCCGACCGACACUGAGGCUUGGAUCUGGCGUAUCUCAAGCGUUACGCUUCUCCUUGUUAUGAUCAUCGGUGGUGCUGUUCCUGUACUCUCCACGAGAGAGUGGUUCGAUUUCAGGUUCAACCUCUUGUGUAUCUGGAUUAGGCCAGCAAGGAAAAAUACUUUGGUGAGGAGGCAUGUUUUCGAUUUCGUUGUUGAUUUUGAUUACUUCGUUUAUAUUGUGGCUAGGUUGUUGAUUUUUACAGAGAUCUUCUUGUCAUUUCGAUCUUUACCGGAGACCGCUUAUGCUAAUAUAAAUUGGACUGAAUUCUUGCCACAUAUUGACUAG